CCACAGGGUAUUUUGAAUUUGUAUAUAUUCGAAAUAACCAUUAAUAUGCUCGACUUUGAUCGUGAAAGAAAGAUGGGCAUCAUUAUUAAACUUCCAUUUUUCAGCGUUCCGCAAAGUAUGCGCUGAUACUUUCGUCAGAAGCCUCUUUUACUUCUUUUCAUUUGCAUAGCAUUCUUCUUUUUGCAAUAUUUUAGUCUAAUCGAAUUUCGAAGCGAUCACAGCAAUGUAUAUAUGGUGAUAUACAUGCUAAAGAAUUUUUACGUUAGCGUACUUCGUUUGCUACUAGUCGCUACUAAGCCAGUCAGGUUAAGUUACUACUAAGUAAUUAGUUGGGGAAUAAUUUCCCUUUGUGACAUGGAUUAUAUGGCAUUUGAGUCACAAAUACGAAGAGAUUAUUCUCAAGAAUGAUUUGGUCCACGUGGGUUUUCAGCAUAAGUAAAUAUAAUAAAUAGUUAAACUUUAUAAUAUCAGGUGUACAAUGGAAACAGCAAAUCAGGAAAAACUACUUCCUUCACGGGGAUUGAAGCAAGUGAAGGUAGAUAACUGGGGGAUUUUCUUUCUUCAAAGACUUCAACAGCUUUAUUUUGAAGAAGAAUUGCUUGAUCUUACAAUCAGGUUUCCCACCAGUGAUAUCACUGUUCAGGCUCAUCGUUUAGUCGUAACAACAUGCACAGAUUAUUUUGUGCGACUUGAACGUGAACAAAAAGAAAAAGAUAAAAAGUUUGAUGGAGUAAUUAUCAUGCCACCAGAUAUGCCAUAUGAAUGUGUGAAGUCAAUUAUAAGUUUUAUGUACACUGGACAAUUAGAGUAUUGGAUUUCUGAGCAACAAGCUUUGUAUCGUACAGCACAGAAAAUGAACAUGACUGUUUUAACUAAAUUACUUGAUGCACAAUUUAAUACUGCUUCUCUGCAAAAUGAACAAAUAGUGAAAUGCAAUACCCGACCCAUAAUAGCAGUUUCAAAGCCUUCAACAUCUAGCACAAAAGCAACAACUACUUCCACUUCAUCCUCAGGGCUGUCAAAUCAGCCAUUACCAGGUAGAAAACUCCCUAUAUGGAAAAGGAAGUUAGAUACACCACAAAGUAUGCCAUCGGUUAAUUAUGAAAUGCGAACAUUCCACGGGAUGCCGUCGACAAAUAGGCCUACAGAGGUAACUCCUGGACCUUCCCGAUUUGAUCUCCCCGAAGCUGAAGAGUUUGCGCUCGGGGUGUUCUCGUCAUUCGAUGACAUUACGUAUAAUACAAAGCCUAUCGUUCAAGCUCCAGACAAAUAUAAAAGAGAUAAUUCGCCUAGUGGUAAAUGUUCCCCAGACAGAGACAGUAAAAAUGAUACAACCGAAGAUGAGGAAGAUGACAGUCAUACAAACGAGAAGAGUUUGAAGGAAAUGAAUUCCGACGAUGAUUGGUCCGUGACUAGAUGUUUCCAAAGGGGUCAAGAUACGCAGCCAUCGCCAUCUAAAAGAGUGCGAUUUGAUCUCGAAGAAAAAGAAAACAUGGAAAAGGGGAAACGAACGAACUCAGAAGACUCGAUCAAUAAUCACGCAAAGAUUAUUCGAGAAGUAUUGAAGAAAUACCCCCAUUUAGUGAAAAAUAACAAGAAUAUACGUUUGAAAAUCAUGCAAAAAGAAGCAAAGUCUUCGGAUAGUAAUUCAGCAUGCAAGACAAAAGUCUCUUACGUAGUUUUGAAGUCUGAUCACCUGAUGUCAAGCAAUAACAGCGACGAAACCGAGGCAAAGAGUAACGGGAGCGUAGAUGGUGGCGAGACUGGACCUUGGAAAUGUAACAAGUGUGAUUUAGAAGAGGAGUAUACAAACUACUAUAUGUACAGAAGACACAUGCAGGAUGUACAUGAUGAAAAAUUUGAUAUGCGAGUUUGCGAACACUGUGGUUAUAAAGCAAUCAAACGAAACAUCCUGAUGUAUCAUCUUUAUACAAAACACAAUGUGCCUCCUCCAAAAAGCAUGAGUUUUCCAAAAUGCCAAGCAUGUUCUUAUGUGGCACUAUCGGAAGCGUUUUUGGUGAGGCAUCAAAUCAACCAUAAUCACCGACCAACGUCGCGUCAACAUUCAUCAUCUAUCGAAGAGAUUCAGUGCAUACAAUGUUCACAAACGUUUAAAGACGUUACCGAAUUGACGACCCAUGAAAUUAAUACGGGCCAUGGAAACUUGCCGGAUGGCAAAAAGAAGGGACAUCGUUGCACUCAUUGUGGUAAAGUUUUUGUACAAGCUACGAAUUUGCAAGUUCAUAUCGAUUGCGUGCACAAAGAUCUGCGGGAUUCGGAUGCAGCUUCAGUCUCUAUGCCAACGAUUUCUUUAGAACCUUCUUCAGAAGCGGAAGCCUUGAGUCACGUGGCUAGUGGUAUAGCGGCAUCCUUAGGUGUUGGAGAUAGCGUUUCCUCGGAACCUCAGGAUGGAGCUUCGAACGUAUCGGAAUAUAUUGUACCGGAGAUGCAGUUAAAUAAUAUUUCGCACGAAAUGACUUACAACACGCACGAGCUGGACGGGCAACAUAUGAUAAUGCUGAUUGACAAUGACAACUACCAACAACAGGAAAAUGAUCAACAGCAGCAGCCACAACAGCUAAACAUUACCGAUAACGAACAAAUUGUAAUGCAAGGUACGGAGGAUGGGAUGAUCGUUUACAUUCACGGAAACGAAGAAGUAGAACGGCAAACGUACGAGAAUUAUCAGUCGGAAGAACUUACCGAAGAAACUGAGGAGAUAGUGGAGGAAGUGGUUGAAGAAGUUGAGGAAAAAGUGAUGGAGGAGGAAAUGCAAGUUGAACAGUCGGAAAUAUUGGAGGAAUGCAGUUCUGAUCAGGUAGAAGAAGUUAUACAAUACGUGGAAGAACAGACAGAAAUAGUGGAAUAUGAUGAACAAUGCAGCGAACAGAGUAACAGUGUAGGCGAAUCGCAGGAAUCGGUUAUGAUCAUUGAAGAGGAGCAUCUUGAGGGAGAACAAGAGGUGGAAAAAAAUGAUAAGCAAACUAAAGCGAAUAGCUUCACAGAAUGGGAUGAUGAUAGUAGAGAAUUAGCUGAUUCAUAAAUAAUAUUAUUAUUAUUAUAUUAACUUUGUCACACCUUAUGUUUGAUCAAUAUCCGUGACUAACAAAAUGGCAUGUUUGAAUUGCAUUUCAUUUUGCUUCUUUCUUCAUUUUUUGCAUAGUAAGUGAUUGAAGAUUGUUAUACAGGACAUUUUCUACUUUUCUGGCAAGAUUGUAGAUCAUGCUCCACAAUCCUGUCGGAAAGUAGAAACACCUUGUAUAUACAGAUAUAAAAGAAGCAAUGUAAAUGAAUUAUUUCAUUUUUAGAGUAUAUGUAGAGUCAUAAGCUUCAAUUAAUUCGUGCAAAUUAAUUUUAUCUUCAACAUUUAUCUUAAAACAAAUGUUUGUAUAUACAGCUUACAAACUGAUAUAUAUAUAUAUAUAUAUAUAUAUAUAUAUAUAUAUAUAUAUAUAUAUGUAUGUAUGUAUGUAUGAUUGUAUUCAAUCGUUAGAGAUUUAAGAAACGAAAGAGGAAAAGUGGAAGAACUGUUUAUGAAUUUUUCUUAAUUACCACAUAAUUGCAAUUUUCAAUUCCUCUGAAUAUAUAGUUGCACAAACGUGUGGCAGUGGACAAAUAUGAAAUGCAGAAAAUGAGGGGACAUGAAUGUCGAAUUUUUGAUUAAUUCCUAACUGCACAUGUUCAAUGCAAAUAUUUAGAAAUAAAGAGAUUAAAAGUAA